AAAAUAUCAACUGUCAUAUUUGUCAAAGACAUCAAGCUGCGGUCCGCGGCGUUCAAUUCGCUAGAUUGUUUAUUAAUCAACGUGUCUAAUUCGUUUAAUUAUAUUUUCGGGUCAGCGGUGAAUGUGGCUUAUCCUCUGCAGUAUACUACAUAGCUGCUAGAUCAAUUAUUCAAGCAACAUGUUUAUAGUAGGCCUAACUGGAGGACUGGCGACUGGAAAAAGUACAGUACUUUCAAUAUUUCGAGCGAAUGGCAUAGCAGUAAUUGACGCUGAUGAAGUAGCAAGACAAGUGUUGCAGCCUGGUACAAAAGCAUGGAGGGACCUCCGAGCUUUCUUCGGAGAUGAAGUGCUUCUCCCUGAUGGCAAUGUGAACAGAGCUAGACUAGGGGAGAUUGUUUUUGAUGAUAUUGAAAAGAGAAAAAAGUUAAAUGCCAUCACACACCCUAGAAUACAAAGAGCAAUGAUGAAGAUGGCCAUUUCAUAUUUCUUCUCGGGCCAUAGUUAUAUUGUGAUGGAAGUGCCACUGUUGUUUGAGACUGGGAAGAUGUUGACCUUCAUGCACAAAAUUAUAACUGUUGUUUGUGAAGAUCACCAGCAACUGGAGAGGCUGUGCAAACGCAACGAUUUCUCGGAAAAUGUCGCUAAGAAACGUAUAUCUUGUCAGAUGCCCCUUGAAGAGAAGGUGGCGAAGUCCCACUUUGUAAUAGAUAACUCUGGAAGUUUCGAGAACACUAGGCAACAAACGGAAUCCAUAAUUAGAUUGCUAAAGAGGUCUAAGUUUACAUGGUACUUCCGAGCGAUAUUUGGCAUUGCAUUCUUAUCUGUGGUCUUUGGUAUCGGUCAUAUAGUCAGCAACUUGGUAAUGAAUAGAAGUGAAUGAUUCGUUUACAAUUAAGUAGUUUGUACAAUGUAUUUAUUUAUUUGAAGACAAGGAAUCAAGUAAUACUAUAUGGAGUGGAGUAAAGGUUUUGUCAUGUAGUUUAAUGUUCUUUGACAUAGCACACACAUGUAUUUAUGUAGCUUACCAGCAUCUAGUGGGAGUAUUAUAUGGAGGUUCAGCUUAUGGUGUGAUACACAAUCAAGAAAUUUAUAUUUGAAAGACUGGCUAACAAAUGUCGCUGAUGGCUUGUAAAUACCAAAUUAAUAUUGUUUCUCUAUAUGAUGGAGUGCCAUCCGAAGUUUGUAUUUGUUAUCUGUAUAUGACUAGUCCUUGUGGUCAAAUAUCCUAUUGUAGUAAGAAAACUUUUGUAUUUAUUCGUAAUUAAUCAAAAAGGUAAAAUUUGAUAUUUGUAAUUUAAAGACGGACUGGGACAAAACACUUUCGUUUAUAAUUUUGCUAACAAUAUAUCCAUUUUCUUCAUUAUGAUAGAAUAGCAAUACGUGGGCAAAUGUUAGCCAAAGCGAUAUUUCAAUGUUUGAUAAUUUAUACUUUUACAUUAGUGAUUGCAACUUUUACAAAAAUGUUUUGUCGGACAGUAGGUAAAUUAUGAUUAUGUAAUAAGUAUUUAAGUAAUUUAAAUAUAGGUAAAGGGGAUAUUGAGCCGCGCCGCCAAUCUGCCUUCAGCAAGCUUGAUGAUUGAUGCUCAAACCUUCUCCUUGUGAGAAGAGGCCAUUGCUCGCCAGUAGGCUUAUAGGCUAUUGAUGAUGACAAAGAAAGUGCGUGGCUGAUACAAAAUACAAGGGGAUUAGUAUUAGUAGUAUUUAUUUUACUGAGGUUAUGGUUAGAUGUAUGAAUUAUUGUUCAAGUAUUGCAUCAUGCUCAGCUAUGAUAAGACGUAUUGAAAAAAAUUUAAAGCAACGCGAGUAUACUUUUAUGGAGAAGAGGCACUUUAGAACAUGCGGCAGACUGUUAUAAUAAUGGUUACUUAAUCUAAUCCUUAGCAUUUUUUUUUUCGGAACAAAAAUAAGAAAAUCAUCCCAUGUUUUGAUGGUAAUGAUGAAAGGAAAGUGGGAUAUGUAAGAUAUUUGAACAAUAAUUGACAAAAGUAUAUUAAGUAAUCAUCAGUGUAGGCUUUUCCGCCAGAGAUGUGGUAUAUAGCUACUUUGCUCUGGAUGCGUUUGGCUUCUACCAAUCAUUGGUACACAUAGCUUAACUCUGUGGAAAUGGACUCAGUUAAGCUAUAUUUCUUAUAUGGAUAAAUGCGUGCUAUGAAUAUGUGUUAUGGAUGACUUCCCUACUAUCGAUACAUUGCUACUCCAGCUGCGUAUCUUCCCCGCAUUCUACAUACCUUAGUAUCAGUGGAAACAGUCACAUAGUUUCACAGCUUAGCUAUUAUAUCUUCGUAGCAUAUCUACAUAGCCCAUCUCUUGUGGAAAAGCACCCUUAGACCAGUGGUAAUAGACAUCUAAUAUUAAGUUAAACCAAAUGUUUAGUCAAAGUUAUGUAAUAACCAGUUAGGGUUAGCAAAUGUAUUGUAACUGUAAAGGAAACACGCACAGAUGUGAAAUACCUACCUGAAAUAUAAUUACGAAAUGAAUUUUGUAUUUAGAAGAAGCUUUUAGUUUAGAAUAGAUUCGAAUGUACGACAUACUAGUCUUUGGGAUUACCCAAAAUGGUUCUUGUGUGUAAAUACAUUAUUAUGAUAAAAUAAAUGUAACUCAGUCAACAAUAAAUAGGUACUGAUGUAAGCUAAAUGGACUUUUAUACAUUUCAAGGCUGCAACUACGAACAUUGGGAUUAUAAUCAGCUUUCCUACCUUAAGUAGGUACCUAAGGUACAUCAAUUUUAUUAACCCGUAUCUUGGGCCGUUAAGUGACUGAUCAACUUAAACGCUAAAAUCUCUCUUUGAAGCCGUACCUGAGAAUAAUACAUUUUAUGCAUGACAAUGAUACGAUUAUAUAGUGCUGCACUGAAUUGCUUCAGUCGUCGAAUUUCACCCUGAAAUUCAUCUUUCUGUAAUAGGUAUCCAUUUUUCACCAUUCUCCGUCGUUGGGAGAUUGUGAGCUAAUUGAUUUUCAAACAUCAUAAUGUGAUUUAAAAAUGAAUUAUAAAGAAAAAAUAAAGUUUUUAUUACAAUA